AUGGUUGAAAUCUCUGUAGAUUACCUUCUAUUUGAUCUUGAUGGCACCUUAGUGAAUUCUACGGCAGCAGUGGAGAAAAAUUGGCACGAUACCGUCAACCUUCAUAAUUCCGAGUAUCCAGACUUAGUAAUCGACCCAGUGACAUUUCUUCAAGUUUCCCAUGGCUCACGAACGGUAGAUACGUUCAAAAAACAUUUCCCAUAUAGAAGCAGCGACGAGGAUGCAGUGGGAAAGUUUGAAUUCGAUAUUGUGCAAAAGUACGGUCAUUUGGCGCAAGAAAUUGAAGGAACCUCCACGUUGUUAUCCAGCAUCGAAGAACAGUUUCCUACAAGAUGGGCAAUUGUCACCUCCGGCACUCAAGACUUGGCUCAUGGCUGGUUCAAGAAACUCUUUGGAAAUUUGAGCUUUCCUCGUGUUUUCAUCACCGCUAACGAUGUCACCGAAGGCAAGCCAAACCCGGAAGGUUAUCUUGCUGCUUUCCAUCAACUAUGCCAAAUAGGAAACACUUCACCCCAAUCUUCAACUGCGGUGGUGUUUGAGGAUGCUCCCACGGGUAUAAGGGCAGGCAUCAACGGUGGUUUCAAGGUGAUUGGCAUAGCUAGUACUUUCGAUAAAGAUGUACUUUUGGCUGCUGGUGCUACCUACGUGAUCAAAGACAUGCAUUCUAUCACGUUCAAAAAAAAUAGUCAUGGCAUUAGGUUGUGCUUGGAUGUGCUAUGA